AUGGAUUCAUCAUCGGUUUAUUAUUUAUAUUUACAUCGAAUGUCACUCAAUGAUACACAAUAUGAAACUUAUUUUACGUGUGAACAAAUAGGAACAUGUUUUACAUUAAUUUUCUUGACUUUGUUAAGAAAACGAUGGAAAAUAAAUGACAUUCGUUUAUCUAUUGUUGGUUUAUGUCUUCCAUUAAUUGGAUUGAUUCUGUUUACAUUUGCAUCUAGUAAUAAAGCGAUGAUUUUUGGCGAUAAAAUGAUUAAUAUAUUGUUAAGAGUAUUACAUCUAUACCUUACUUUCAACUUGGUUAUCAAUGGUCUGCCAAUUUUAGAUAAAAAAUCGGAUAUAGAAAAUGGCACUUUGAAUUCUGCACAACGUGCUAUGCUUGCCGAAUAUCGAAUGCAAGAAUUACCAGCUGCUUUACGUAUUUCACAAAUUAUACCGAAAUUUGAAGCACCAAGAAAAUUUAAUUUGACGAAAAUAGCUAAAGAUCUAAAAGACUUUGGAAUUCAUAGUCUGAAAGAUGAUAAACAUAUCGAAGGUUUACCAUUAGAACGUAAUGGGCAAAUAAAUCCAGAUUUUCAUAAAGAAAUAUUUUUGGGUAAUCAUGAAUUAUUUGAAUCUGAUAUUCAAAGUGAUGAACACAAAAGAAAUAAAAAACUAGAAGAAAUCUUUAAUGAAGCAGACCUUGAUCAUGAUCAACAUUUAUCGAAAGAUGAAUUACUUAAUCAUGUAUUAAAAAAUGUUAAUCAACAUAUUCAAGAAGCUAAAGAUAGAAAUUCACAAUUAUUUUUAUUGAUUGAUUCUAAUCAAGAUGGUAAAGUAACGUGGCACGAAUAUUUUGUUUUGUAUGUUAAAUUUCACAACGUCAAUUCAAGUAGUGUCAAAGAAUCGGAUACUUUUGAUUUUAUUCAAGGACCGUUUGAUAAUAAUUUUCAACGUGAACUGGUGAAAAUUCGAUAUCGUUGGACAGAAGCUGAUGUUGGCGGUGAUAAUGAACUUGAUAUAGAUGAAUUUCUUGCUUUUCGUCAUCCAGAAAUAGCUGGCCAUUCAUAUAAACAUAUAGUAGAUGAUCUUAUUUUACAGAUGGAUCGUAAUGAUGAUCAAAAAUUAAAUGAAACUGAAUUUGCAUUUUUACCUUCAAGUGUAUUAGAAGAUGGUGGCAAUACAGAAUGGGUGGAAAUGGAUAAGCGAUGGUUAGAAGAGCAAAAAAGAGAAUUUCAUGAGAUGGAUGACAAUAAAGAUGGAGUUUUGACUAAAGAUGAAUUAUUAAAAGCUUAUGAUCCGAUGAAUCGUGUUCAUAUAAAUAAUCAAAUUAAAAAGUUGUUUGAAAAGGUUGACGAUUCCCCAUCAGAUAAUGUUUUAACAUUGAACGAAAUACAAAAGCAUUCUGAUGUUUUCACUGAUAUGCGUAUUUUAGAUACAGAAAAAGCAUUACACGAUGAAAUGUAA